AUGGCUCUAUACGAGCAGCAGUAUGCCAACGAUGACUAUCUCGAUGAGGAGGAAGAGGAGGAAGGUAUCACGCCCGAGGAUUGUUGGACUGUCAUCUCCUCUUUCUUCGAAACAAAGGGUCUUGUGUCGCAACAGCUUGACUCGUUCGAUGAGUUCGUCUCGACCACCAUGCAGGAGCUAGUAGCAGAGAACUCGCAGCUGACUCUCGAUCAAAAUCUACCUCAGAAUGAUGACGAACCAGAUUCACCCGUAAUUCGAAGGUAUGGGAUCAAGUUUGGCACCGUCUUACUGUCGCGGCCGGCGAUGACAGAGAGCGAUGGGAAUACGGACGCUAUGUUGCCACAAGAGGCUCGUCUGCGAAAUCUCACCUACUCAAGUCCUAUGUACUUAGAGAUGACGACCAAACGAUCGCUAGCACGGGAAAGAGUAGGUAUCGAUCCAGACGACGCAGCGGCAGAAGGGAUGAGUCAAAAUCCGAACAACGCAUCUUACUUAGAAUGGGAGAAUGAAGAAGGUGAUAAAGAGCCUGAGCCGAUCAAAGUCUUCGUUGGUAAAUUACCUAUCAUGCUGAAAUCCAAAUACUGCAUGCUUAAGGAGCUUUCUGAAUCCGAGCUCUACAUGUACAAUGAGUGCCCAUACGACGCAGGUGGUUAUUUCAUUAUCAACGGGAGCGAGAAGGUGCUCAUAGCGCAAGAACGAAGCGCUGCAAACAUUGUACAAGUCUUCAAAAAGUCACAAAGCAACACGCCUUUCUUGGCCGAAAUCAGGAGUUCAGUGGAGAAAGGGUCGAGACUCAUUUCAAGUAUGCAAAUAAAGCUUUACGAAAGAGGCGAAGGCUCAAAAGGAGGGUUUGGCCAAACGAUCAAAUGCACCCUACCUUACAUUAAGACUGAAAUACCAAUCGCCAUCGUGUUCCGCGCGCUCGGCGUCGUGUCAGACGAAGAAAUUCUCAACCAUAUUUGCUACGACCGGAAAGAUACUCAAAUGCUGGAGAUGCUGAAGCCUUGUCUCGAGGAAGCUUUUGUCAUUCAAGAUCGGGAUGUCGCGUUAGACUUCAUUGGGAAGCGUGCCAAUUCUCAGGGCUUAACGAAGGACAAGCGCGUCAAGUAUGCAAGAGACAUCAUGCAAAAAGAGCUGUUGCCGCAUAUUUCACAAACCGAAGGAAGUGAGACUAGAAAAGCGUUUUUCCUAGGCUACAUGGUCAACAGAUUACUUCAGUGCGCGUUAGGUCGCAAAGAACCAGAUGAUCGAGAUCAUUUUGGCAAGAAACGGCUUGAUCUUGCUGGACCACUUCUUGCUGGGCUGUUUCGAAUGCUGUUCUAUAAGCUCACUAAGGAUGUUUACAAAUAUCUGCAGAAGUGUGUGGAAAACAACAAGGAGUUCAAUUUGACUUUAGCUGUCAAGUCUACUACCUUGACUAACGGCCUUAAGUAUUCUCUCGCUACCGGUAAUUGGGGUGACCAAAAGAAAGCUAUGUCUUCCAAAGCUGGGGUCUCGCAGGUUCUCAAUCGCUACACCUUCGCAUCUACCUUGUCCCAUCUUCGACGGACCAACACCCCAAUUGGGCGAGACGGCAAAAUUGCGAAGCCUCGACAGCUUCAUAAUACGCACUGGGGCUUGGUAUGUCCUGCAGAAACGCCUGAGGGCCAAGCAUGUGGGUUGGUGAAAAACCUCGCACUUAUGUGCUAUAUCACAGUGGGUUCUCCAAGUGAGCCGAUCAUUGAUUUCAUGAUCCAGCGAAAUAUGGAGGUCUUGGAGGAAUACGAAUCGCAGUCUAACCCUAACGCAACCAAAGUCUUUGUCAACGGUGUAUGGGUGGGUGUGCACUCGAGUCCGGCAAAUUUAGUCAGCACGAUCAGAAAUCUCCGAAGGGCGCACACCAUAUCACCUGAAGUCAGCUUGGUGCGCGAUAUCAGAGACCGAGAGUUCAAGAUUUUUACAGACGCUGGGAGAGUCUGUCGACCCCUCUUUGUUGUUGAAAAUGAUUCAAAGAGCAGCAAUUACGGCAAUCUAGUUCUUACCAAGGAUGACAUUCAAAAAUUGCAACAAGACGAAGAAGAGGGAGCCCUUAUGGACGCACAGGAAAGGGACGACAAAGAAAUAGGAUGGCAAGGUUUGGUCUCACGCGGUGUGGUCGAGUAUGUUGAUGCGGAGGAAGAGGAGACGAUAAUGAUUGUCAUGACUCCUGAGGACCUCGAGACAUCUCGGCAACUACACGCCGGGUAUAGACUACCUUCACCAGAGCUAGACGAGAAUCCUAAUGCUCGGGUGAAAGCGCAAACAAAUCCAACACAGCAUGCGUGGACGCAUUGCGAAAUCCAUCCAAGCAUGAUACUUGGUAUAUGCGCAAGCAUUAUUCCCUUCCCAGACCACAAUCAAUCUCCCCGAAAUACCUAUCAAUCGGCUAUGGGUAAACAAGCUAUGGGUGUCUUCCUCACGAAUUAUGAUGUAAGAAUGGACACCAUGGCCAACAUACUCUACUAUCCUCAAAAACCUUUGGCAACAACGCGCUCGAUGGAAUUUCUCAAAUUCCGAGAUCUGCCGGCAGGUCAGAACGCGAUCGUCGCCAUUGCAUGCUACUCUGGUUAUAACCAAGAAGAUUCAGUCAUCAUGAACCAGAGUAGUAUCGACCGCGGACUCUUCAGAAGUCUGUUCUAUCGUGCUUACACUGACCAGGAGAAGCGAGUGGGAAUGGCAGUGGUCGAGCAAUUCGAAAAGCCCAUGCGCAGCGAUACGCUCAAGCUCAAGCACGGCACAUACGACAAGCUGGACGACGACGGCAUCGUAGCGCCUGGUGUCCGUGUUUCUGGAGAGGAUAUCAUUAUUGGCAAGACAGCACCAAUUGCGCCCGACGCAGAGGAGCUUGGUCAGCGAACAAAGCUGCAUAUCAAGCGUGACACAUCCACGCCGUUGCGUAGUACAGAGAAUGGCAUCGUCGAUCAAGUUCUACUAUCUACAAACUCUGAUGGACUGCGUUUUGUCAAAGUCCGUAUGCGAACCACUAAAGUGCCUCAAAUUGGCGACAAGUUUGCCUCGCGGCACGGUCAAAAAGGUACCAUAGGCAUCACCUACCGGCAGGAAGACAUGCCUUUCACAAGCGAAGGCGUCGUUCCUGACCUGAUCAUCAAUCCACACGCUAUCCCGUCCCGAAUGACCAUUGCACAUUUGAUCGAAUGUCAAUUGAGCAAGGUUUCUUCUCUCCAAGGUUGCGAGGGCGAUGCAACGCCGUUCACCGAAGUUACGGUAGACUCGGUCUCGAAGCUCCUCCGUGGCCACGGGUACCAAUCCCGAGGAUUUGAGGUUAUGUACAACGGUCACACAGGACGAAAACUAGUAGCGCAGGUCUUCCUUGGACCGACCUACUAUCAGCGCUUAAGACAUAUGGUGGAUGACAAGAUACAUGCUCGAGCCAGAGGACCGGUACAAAUACUAACCAGGCAGCCAGUUGAGGGUAGGGCUAGGGAUGGUGGCCUUCGCUUCGGAGAGAUGGAGCGGGAUUGCAUGAUAUCGCAUGGUGCUAGUGCCUUCUUAAAAGAGCGGUUAUUCGAAGUGUCAGAUGCCUUCCGGGUUCACAUUUGCGACAUUUGUGGGCUCAUGACACCAGAACCUGAAGAAGAACUCGUUCGAAUGCCGACCUUGCAGGAACAAGACGAAGAUAUCCCAGAUCCACAUCCCGUAUGCCGCGAAAUUACUGUUCCAAGAACUGGCGUCGAUGAAUAUUGCAACGAGAUUGUACACGAAGCGCUCGGGAGUGACGGUACGGUAAUGAUGACAUUAGCCAGUGACUUACUUUAUUGUAUCUUCGCCAGGGCUAGAGUGCUAGCCUUGUGA